AAGAUAUUUGAAAUUUUUACCUGGCAUCUCUGCACUUCAGUUAUUGAAUAUAUUGAUUCUAAUAACAAUAAUAUGAGUUCGAACUAGUAAAAAUUUAAAAGGCAACCUUUAUAGCAUCUCCAGCACUCUAAAAUCAUGUCCAAUAGAAAUGUUAUUAAUAGAUUGAAGAAACAACCAUCAUCACUGUUUAACUCGUGCGUCCGUUAUGUAGCCCGAAAUCUCAAACAAUAUAAGCACAACGAUUAUCUAGAGCUGUUACCACCGUUGAUCAAAAAUGCUCUUGUAGUAAAUGUGACCCGAGUGCAGCGAGGAUUUCACGAUGAUGAGCUGUUGGAGAUGCUGACAAAUCGGACUCUCACUAGAAUAAACCUAUCCAGCUCUACUAUUACUGACCGAACGCUGAUUUUACUGGCGAAUAAGUGCCUAAAGCUGCACAGCCUUGUACUAACACAGGGCGAUUAUCGUUUUACUCAGCUCGGAUUGAAAGCUAUUGCCUAUAAUUUGCACCAAUUACAACAGAUUUCAAUUAAAAACUGCACUCUUAUAGACGAUAGUUUUAUCGACCGAUUAACACAGAGUUGUUCGAGGCUGGACCUCAUGGAUUUCGAAGGUUGUCCGAACAUUACAGACUGCUCGGCAAACUCUAUCAAGGGACUAGCACUGACCAAACUUAAUCUUUCCCGGACAGGAAUUUCCGACAAAUUUCUGAAGGAAAUAGCCGAACAGCAGUGCGGUCGCUCUCUGGAAGAUCUCAAUGUAGGACACUGUAAGAUAACCGGUGCUGGAUUAGUUCGACUGCCAUGGAAUACAAUCAAAUACAUCGGAUUCGAAGGAUGUGACAUCGAUGAUCUCGAAUUCAUCGAAAUGAGUAAAAAUCUCAAGUACAUUCAGUGGACAAUAUCCAACUGAUGGUUAUUUCGCCACGCAGAGUGGACAUGCAAUAUUUAACCUACCGCAACAGCUUUCCAUAGAAAUUUUAUUUACAAACAGUGAAGAUUUAAUCGUCCAAGACGACUUUGAAAGCCGGUACUUUUUUAAGAGUGACUUCCUACAAAACAACGAUACCCCAGUUCUAGAUAAAACCGCAGCCGUACAUAUGGGAAUUUAAAGCAAUUACUAAUUUUUAGUAUAAGAAGUUUUUGUGUAAUGUGUGUUUACGGUAUCUGCAAGCUAAACAAUCAGUGUAUUUGAUUAGUACUGCUUAUCAAGUUGAUAAUCGUUUUCUCACAAAAAAAUUAUUUUCGCGUACUAUAAAUAGAGCUCUAAAGACGAAACAAUGCAAUUCUCGUCUGGACCGAAUCAAUCAAUCUUCAACAUGUUUUGCUGGUGUGUUUUAUGUGUACAAGUGAACUAAAUUUAAUGUUUCGUAGUAUUUUUGAAGCAGUUUUGCCUCUAUCAGUUAAAUUUUGAGAAUUUGGAAACCUAAAUAUAACGAAAACAACCAAGCGUCAGAUUUUAUAACGUAUGUUUAACAUAUAACAGAAAAUAAUGUCAGCUAGAUAGAUGCUUUGUUACACAUACGACGUAAUAUCUUAUUAACAUCCAACGUAAUGUAUUAUUAGCAAUCAAUAGAACUAUAUGGACCAGUUUCAAGGCGUAUUUGCGUCGUUAUUUGUAGCAAAUAAAUUCUAUGUAAUCUAUAAUCAAUUAGUAACCUACAGUAUAGCAUAACUAGUGAUAGUUCUAUUAAAAAAAUUUGAAAUUAUAUGCAUUUCUACUCUGCAUAGAUCGAAAAAAAUCUACACAAGUAUAAUACUUUAACUUUGUAACACUUAUAAACGAGCUCUCUGUUUUACGUACUUACUCUUACUGUUUCGUAUAUGACUACAUAACCAGGAAUACGAUGUGAUGUAAAAAAUAUGCAUAUUUAGAAUCACUCAGUAUUUAUUACGCAUAUAUUAAAAGCAAUGAAAUUAAGAAAAAACACCACUUCAAAGGGCAUUAAAGGAGUAAACUUGGUAACGAAUAACGUGACUCUGAUUCUCAAGAAUGAGAAUCGGUGAGAAGUUCUAAAAGGUUGUACCUGUGAAUCAUUCAGCCUUAAUUUAGCGGUGAUAUUCAAGAUCAUGCAACCAGUUUUGUUUCGUUAUCCAAGUGGUCAAAAAGUGCGAAGCAAAUGAUAUGAUUAGUUUUAUUGAGAAACACCCCGAGGUAUGAUCUAUUAGUUUCACGAUGCGAACAAUAUAAGCGUACGUAAAAGAAGUUACAAUAUUUUAGGGCACAUAUUAUAGCAGAAACAAUCUUAUAAUCGACCAUUUAAUCUAGAAUCAAAUUGCACAGGUAUAUAAUACAGCACUGUUCCGGAAAGUAAUGAGACUUCCAAUUGAUUUCAGCCAUUGGUGAUUCGAUCAGUGGAAGUCUGUUUUACCAAAUUGUUGCCGCGCUCGUAAACUACUUGUCAUACUAUUAUUUGUCACUCUCUCGAAUUAGUUUAAUAUGAGAACACAAUGAUUUUCACUAUCAACUAAAAGACAAAAUGUAGACCUUUAUCUGAGAGAAUGAGAAAAACUUUUUACCUUUAAUUUGGUUAUAAAGGUUUCAAGGUUGUGGUCACUCGUCUCUCGAGUCAGUGAAAUAUUCUAAUCAUAUGUGGGGGUAUGGAUUCGGACUCAUUCCAUUUCUAAAAUCUUCUAAAUUUCAUUUUAUAGAGCUCAACGCUUGUGAUGCUGCGUUAGACUCUGAGAAGUGGUCCGAGAUAGCUCCCUUACUCCGAUUCGUGGAGAACGGGAAACAUCUACUAAAUUUGGAAACCAUAUUAGUCGAUGGCCAUACAAAUUUACUUUGUUUAUGCUGAUUUUGGUUUCAGGUUCUAAAAGUAGCGGUCUGAAAUUCCAAAAUGAAACUCAUAUCGAUUUUUUAGAGAUGACUUGAGGUUUGGGAACAGGUUAUAAGUUCAAGGAAACAAAAUCAGGUGAACAAGGACAUGUGAUUGGAGCCCUAAACUACUAAUUUUAACCAUGUGUUCCAUGUAAGGCCAUUUCACGUCCAUUUUCGUCUUUAAUCGCUCCAUUAAUGCACGCUAAUACUAGUCUAUUCUCUGUUUUGAAGCAGUCUUCCAAAACUAUGCUAUAACAAUCCCAGAAAACCGACAUCAUAAUCUUUCCGACCCAUUCAGGCACUUGUACCGCUUUGAAGCACGACUUUUGUCCAUUGUCGGGUAAUCAUUCUGUUAUCUGACGGAUAAUAACAGAUCGAAGUGCGCUUGCCAGUAGAGAUGGGCAAUUCGCUCCUGAGCUGUUCCAGUGAAUCGAAUCAUUGAAGUGAGCUGACAGCUCACAGCUCUUUUCAAAAGAACCGCAGCUCAUCAGCUCACUCAUUUGCUACCCAGUUCACUGCAUUAUGACGAAGGGAACACGCUACGAGCUGGUCGGAUCUUUGGCUCUUUAAGAGAUUCAAUUUAGUCGACAUCAAUUAAAGAUAAACUAAUUCGCAUUGCAUUCAUUGCAUCAUUGCAAAUCAAUGAUUCAAUUUCGAUCAUGCAUAUGAAAGAAAACCGGUGCAUGAGAAAAACGGCGUACAAAAUGAACCUUAUGUUCAAACUAAAAGAGCUGAUGAGCUGAUACAUCGAAUCGAUUCACUUUGGUGAGCUGAUCGGUUCGGAGCUGUUCACCAAAAUAAGCUGUUUUGCACACCUCUACUUGCCAGGGCUGGCAAUAAUCAACUCAGUACUUCAUCAUCACCGAGUUCAGCUCACCUGCAAAUCGGUUUCAAAAGCAUCGCUGAACGAGUUGAGUAACUGGGUACCCAUUUGUAUAGAGAAAACAUCGUCUCAACAUCGUAGUGUCAAGCAAUCAGCAGAUGAGCGCUGACUGCUCAUCAAAUAUUAGAACCCACUGAGAGACGAUUUGUGAGUUGUGAUUUGAUGUGUGUGUACAUCAACACAUUGAAUCAGAUUCUUAUGAAGUUGUCUCGCUUGUAUUCCCCACCCACCAGAGUUGCCAUGGGCGGCCUAUGUUCGAAUCGAUGCCAUUUCAAUCCAUUUCUCAAGACAUGUUCUCGCAUGCUGGAGAACGCAUUCGUUUCAGUAGCCAGUUGUGUUUAGCUCGAGACAUGAAAUUCAAUCGUUUAUGGUAUACAUCACACUACGGUCCGACAUUUGUUUUCGUACAUUAAGGUGAAAUGUAGCGUCAUAAAAUGCGCGCAAAAUUUUAUCCGCUUCAGUUGAACGAACCGUCGCACAAAGCGUACCAAGAAAAACGGCCACAUAGAAACAAGAACUUUUUUCAAUGAUUGAGCGCAGUGGGUUUACCUCUCGUUAUAUUGGCUUGUAAAAAAGACGGGACGUAAUGGAUUUUAGAAUUCUUCACACUUUGAAUAUAUGCUGAUUCAAUCAUCAUUGUUAGUGAUUACUCUUACACUAGAGCUAUAUAUCAUGAGUAAUUAUGAAUGAUUAACAUGAGGUUAAAUGUAUAUGUAUUGACUAACUUGUUAACCAUGUAUAUGCCUGAUUUUAGUAGCAAGCAUCGAUUCUCCUUCAAAAGAACGGUUGAAGACAAGAGAACAUUCAAGUAUUUUCGAUAUCUUUGCCAGUCGUUCACCAGGCCCUUCCCGCCGAUGAGAUAGAAUUUACGUAAAAGUAUUCACCAUUAACUUUUUUUCGGAAGCGACUUUCGGAAUUGUAUAGCAUGAUGAGUCUAGAAAUGUCUGUUUCAACGAUAACGAACCGAAGACCAAACAGCAUCUGGCCUCCGGUGCCAGAAAUCAUCAAUAGUUUAAUAAUUUCUUAGAUUACAUUAUUGGAAUACAUUCCAAUUAUAACUAAUAGAUCAUCAUACCAUGCAGUUAAAAUUAUUUAGUGAAUCUUUUCUCAAGCACAUAUUUGGGGCACGAAAUUGAAUAUAAAGUUAUUUCGUAGUUCCUUAUUAUUCAAUCGAUUUUGAAAGCAAAAUCAAGCGUUGAUUCAUUGUAUUCAUAAUAAUUGAAAAACCAAUGAAUUCCAAUAAGUUUUCCAUUCUGACUGUCUCGAAGCUGGCCCUCACUGUUUAUCACAUUGUUUGUAUAAAUGACAGCUACUUAGAAAAUAAACGAUUUCUUACAAUACUCAUUUUAUUGUAUUCAAGUCGUUUUUAUUUCAACACAAAACCCAAUGCUGCAUAAAUUUGCGUCAUUAUUUUAUAUCUAUUUUUUGCUCACGAUAUAAUGCCACCGUGCAUUUCUCACACCACCUCAAUACGAAACAGCAGCGCGCAAGCAAUAAAAAAAAUGCAGAAAAGUUUAUGAAAACUUUUUCAAUUUUCGGUUGUUUUCGCUAAAAUUUUAUAAUUUUGAGUUGCAUUUUCAGAUUCUUUGUGAAAUUCUGCUACAAACACUACUUUUCAGUUCUAAAAUCAUCCCCGUGGAACGGAACAGUAACCGUUUAUACAUUUCAAAAACCAAUUACGGCUCGGCAAAGCAAAAUUUCUAAAUUCUAAGAAUACUUAGUUAUGAUAAAUUUGAUUUCGAAAACUUAAGUGUUUUUGGUUUUUCGAAAAUCGGUCUAGUUUUUGAAUAAUUGAUCGAAAACGUGAUUUUCGCAUUCCGCUACAUUUCACCUUAAUGCUCGUGUUCGUUUUGAGUACCAGCAAAAACAAAACCGAAAAUCUGAGUUGUGUUGGCAGCUCUGUGGUUUAAGAAUACACUCACCGGUGUAGCUCGGUACAGUGAUGCCAAACUCAGUACUCACUUUUUAAAACUAGGAAUGAGAGUUAAAUGCUAUGAAAUCAAAACUGAGAACCAUCAAUACCAUCAUAAUUUGAUGUCAGCGGUGCUCUGUAUAGGUGAGUGUGUUUGUUUAAAUCAGCGAUGAUUUUCAUCUUUACCAUCAUUUUUCGGAUUGCAUCGUAAAUCAUGUGGUGAGCUAAUGAAUAGAAAAAAAUCAAAUCUUAUGAGCGACUUUUUGCCACCCUUGGCGCUUGCGCUCGUCCUUUUAGUCCAGGAUAUCUUUCUCAUCUUCAGAAUCUUACCCAACUAUGGCAAACUCGUGCACUUUCUCUUUCCGGUCAUCCAGUACAAUUUUAUGUAAUAUGAUUGUCGUUUAUUUUGCCCCGGUUUUGUGUAGUUUUGAUACUAUUCUGUGUAACCGCUUUGUAGGGCCUGCCGCUGUCGGUUCAAACCAUGCAUUUGGGAGAUAGUUUUUCGCUAUUCCAUUUCGUGCGAUCCAAUUCGUAUUUGGCGUUGGAUAAAUCUCACGAAAACCAUGAAAAAUGUGAUUAAACAAUGAUGGUUUGAUUUUCCAGAUUCCAGACGACUCGAACAAAAUUUUACAAAAUCCCAUGUAAAUUUUAAAUUUGCUAUACGUUGGAAACACUACUGCCAUCUACUCGACUAUUCGCCCCGAUCUUUCAAAACGUUCCAUUUCGUUCCGGAACGAUAACAAAAUCCUGCUGCCUGUUAUAGAAAUAAUACAACUACAACAAUUUUAACACUUAUCACACGAUUUAUCUACGUGUUGAAGACAACUUUAUUUCCAUGUCGCAUUAUUCACACGAGAAUUCGAUCGGAAUAAAACAAAAAUAAACUUGCAUUUUAAUCAAGAGCAAAACAAAAAUCUAGCGUGAAAUGAAUGUUGCGCCCAAAAUUGUGGCUCAUGUGAAAGCAGCACCCAAAUCGUUGUGGCAUCUCGUGUCGAUCGUGGUGACAUCUGCAAGUGUUCACCACGCUGAUUGAGCAAUUUUUACACAUAGUUCAUAAGUGAGCCUGUAUAUCUGUUAUCUGUGCAUCAGCUGAGCUCACAAACUGAAGUAAGAUAAGCAAAUCAAAGAGCCGAGAUGGCUCUCUGCAGAAUUCAAGAUGUCGAGGAACAUUCUUCGAAAACAUAUUCGAUAGUUUUGACUAUAAUCACUCCUAUCACAGAUAACAGAUAUACAGACUAACUUAUGAACUAUGGGUAAAAAUUGCUCAAUCAGCGUGGCAAACAUUUGCAGAUGUCAUCACGAUCGACACGAGGUGCCACCACGAUUUGGGUGCUGCUUUCACAUGAGCCAGAAUUUUGAGCGCAACAUUCACUUCAUGCUAGAUUUUUGUCUUGCUCUUGGUUAAAAUGGCAAGUUUAUUUUUAUUUUAUUCCGAUCGAAUUCUCGUGUGAAUAAAGCGACAUGGAAAUAAAGUUGUCUUCAACACGUAGGGAAAUCGUGUGAUAAGUGUUAAAAUUGUUGUAGUUGUAUUAUUUCUCUAACAGGCAGGAGGAUUUUGUUGUUGUUCCGGAACGAAGUGGAACGUUUUGGAAGAUCGGGGCGAAUAGUCGAGUAGAUGGCAGUAGUGUUUCCAACGUAUAGCAAAUUUAAAAUUUACACGGGAUUUUGGAAAAAAUUUGUUCGAGCCUGUAUAUCUGUUAUCUGUGUUUCUAUUCUGUACGUCGAUCGAUUCGAAAUAUUCCGAUCGAAUGUGCAAUUUUCAUUCUACAUUCCGUUCGAGGUGGGUAUGAACUCGAAUAUCAUUCGUUCGAGUUGUUAAAUUUUCGAACAUUACUCGAUCGACUUGCGUACGUAUUACUUAUGUUCGGUUUAGAAUCGUUCCAAUUUGUUUAUACAAGUGUGACGGUUUCGUUUACUAAGAAAUUAAUAAUAUAAAUAAUAUAGAACGUGUAAGUAGUGUUUACAGCUUUGAAGAUUAGUGUUCGAAAUUUCAAGUGUUCCCGAACGAGAGUCGAUCGAAUCAUACAAGUCGAACGGAAUGAAGAAUGCAGAAUUUGAACUCGAACGAAAGUGUUUAUUCGUUCGUAUCACAAAUCCGUCGGAUUGCAGAAUCGGGGUGAAUAUGUCGAUCGCUGAGAUAUGAUAGCAUCCCUCGAUACUUAAGCCAAAUCGAUAAAAGUUUGAAUGUUUGAUCGUACGUCAUAGUAAAUUUGUGUUCAUCAUUUUUUAGAUUCCAAAUAUUUCAACUAAAAUGAGAUACUUAAAACCAGGCAUGCGAAAAUGUCAAAACUAUUACGGUAUCCAUCAAUACAACUAAGCGUAGCAUGUGUCAUUACUUUCUGGAAUAGUUUUCCUUAGCUUAUGAACUUAGGGAAGCAAUAUUCUACAUUAAAAUAAAGGACUAUAACUAAUUUGUGUAUAAUCUAUAGAUCAACAUGUGAUUUCAACGGAUAGUCAAGUAUAUUUUGCAAUGUCAACAAGAAAAAAAUAUUGAUUUCCCAGUGUAAAUUAUUCAUUGAAUUUAUAUAACCUCAAGUGAUCGAACAUAAGUGAUAAACUGACGACAACGAACAAGUUUCCUUUUUCGGAGAAAACGGCGUUUACGUUUUUCAACAUUGGCUGUUUACCUUGUCUUCUUUUUACGUUUCGUCUUCGACUCAUCAGUUCUGUAUUUUGUUUGCAUUUGCAAUCUGUACUUCAAUUGAGUUUGUGUUUUCUGUAUGUAUGUAUGUAUGUGAAGCGGGUAAACUUACAGUAGAUCCGAAUUUGAUUAUCAGAUAGCUUUCAUAUAACUGCUGUUAAGAAGGCCAAAAUGGGUUUUAAGGACCUUGUGUCUUCCAGCAAGAACAUCCGGUCAAAUAAUAAAGAAUUUCUCUAUACUACUCUAUAGUUACAAUACAUAAUAACAUAAUAUACUAUAGUAUAAUCACAGAUUACAGAUAUACAGACUCGAAUUUUUUUUUCAAGAUCCUGUGUAAAUUUCAAGUUUGCUAUACGUUGGAAACAUUACUGCCAUCUACUCGACUAUUCGCCCCGAUCUUUCAAAACGUUCUUUUUCGUUCCGGAACGAUAACAAAAUCCUCCUGCCUGUUAUAGAAACAAUACAACUACAACAAUUUUAACACUCAUCACACGAUUUCCCUAAGUGUUAAAGACAACUUUAUUUCCAUGUCGCAUAAAUCACUCGAGAAUUCGAUCGGAAUAAAACAAAAAUCUAGCGUGAAGUGAAUGUUGCGCCCAAAAGUGUGGCUCAUGUGAAAGCAGCACCCAAAUCGUGGUGGCACCUCGGGUCGAUCGUGGUGACAUCUGCAAGUGUUCGCCACGCUGAUUGAACAAUUUUUCACAUAGUUCAUAAGUGAGCCUGUAUAUCUGUUAUCUGUGCUUCUAUUUAAUAAGAAUAAGUUUGAUGUUCGAUUGAAAAAGCUAUCCGUUUAAAUGCAAACAAGGCUGAAAAUCACAUGUUGAACUAGAUUUGUGGAAAUCCACGGAAGCAUGGCAUUAAUUUUCCAUAGUGUACAUGCCAUUAGAAACAUACUUAUGGUAAAAAUAGGUUCAGGUUCGUACUAAGAAAAUGUUGAAAUAAAGAAUUACCUCCAAUGGGGACUAAAAAACACAAUAAAACACCAUUUUACAUUUAGCAUAGUCCAAUAUUAUAAAUCAAACCAUUCACAGCAACACGAAAAAUUACUAGCAGUAAGAACCGUUUAAUUUUUUUCUCAAUUAGGUGUCACUUUUAAAUUUCGAAAUAAUUCGCUUAGAAACAAUGCAAACCAAUUUUUAAUGGUUAGUUUACUUAAGUGUACACACACAUUUGACUAUAAUGCUAGCACAGACGGUUCCAAUAAAUGUGGUCCUUCCAAUAAACAUUUAUAUUCACUAGAAACAGAUUGUGAUGUUUUUCGAAGGGGAUUCAAACGCACUCGAUGUAUUGUUCUCAACACACUGAAAUUUAUUUUUCCUCUGUCACAUUUUGAGAAUUUUCAUAUACCUUCUAUUAGCGAUUAGUUACAACUAGCAAUGCUUCUACCAAUAUUUAGUAUGCUAACAUUAGCAGGAUUUGGGAUUCUACUCAAACAAAUCAUAUUCACUAUGCUAAAAUACCGCUUUGAACUGUGUUUCUUCCCCAAGAAGAAAAGAAACCCCAUUUUAAUGAGCCAGUAAAUGCAUCCGGUCCAAUGAAAUAGUUAGCAAAUAAAUCCACUGAUAAAAUAGCAUGAAUUUCAUACUAGUAACAUUUUAGUCGAGUGAUGAGAAUAAGGAAUGCUGAAGUGUGUAUUGAAUACAAGAGCAGAAAAAACACAACAAGAUAUUUAUCUACCUUCAUACUCUAGUGAUUCAUAGGAGCAAUUUUAUUGAGUAACGUAAGGUAAAGUCAAUAUUUCAGCAAAAAUAUUUAAUAUAUAUUCGUACCAAAUAAUCUAACGAUUGACGCCGCUCUCAAGCAAAGGUUUUUUUUUCUGUUUUUGGCCGGUAAUGCUACUAUAUAAUCAAUAAUAAAGUUUUCAAGUAGAGCAAAGCAAG